UGAUUCCACUCUUGAUUAUUGAUGUUUUUGAAGUCAUAAUUUUAUUUACCAAAAGAGGGAAAGUCACGGGUCAGUCUCUGAAGUUGGGUGCAGCACGUAACUAUGCCAAAUCUAUUACAUUGAUUGAACCUCACCUGCUCCUCUUCAAAGCUAUGUACGUACGUAUGUACCUUUCCAGACAAAACUUAUAAAAAACAAAACAAAAACGAAAAGACACAAAGCUAGUUUUGCGUGAUCGAGCUCCCAAAAACAGAAUUGACCAUAAAAAUAAAAAAAAAAAUGCUCCCAAAAACAGAACUCAGACCAACAAAAAAAAUAACUCCCAAGAACAGAACUUCUGACCCCAGAAAAAGCUCCCAAGAACAAGAACACAACACAGAGAAAAGAAAAACCCUAGCUCUUAAGAUGUCUGGAGGUCGAUCUGAUGAAGACACUGUGCGUCUCAAAGUUCAGUUCAACAAGGAUGGAGUUCAAACUUUUUUCCGGGUUAAACGAAGCACCAAACUGCAAAAACUCAUGGAAGCAUUCUGUAAAAAUCGUUCCCUUGACCCCAAAUCAAUAGAAUUCACGUUUGAUAGCGUCCGACUCGAGAAGAACAAAACUCCUGAGCAGCUUGGAAUGGAAGAUGGUGAUCUGAUCGAUGCCCUUGUGUCCGGUGAUGGAGCUUAAAAAGUUAAAGCAAUCAUGAUGUAUAUGCAGGAAGGAAUUUGUGAAAAUUUGGAUUUCAUUUUCGACUGUUGAACUUUAUUAGAUAUUGAGAUGGGUGUUAGUUUUUUGGAAAAACAGUUUGAACGUGAACCAUAGGAUAACAGCAGUCAAAAAAUCUUGCCAGUCCAGCCCAUUAGCCUUGGUGGCACUGGCCAGGUACUAAUAUGAUGUUUGUGUCUUUGUUCUUGCUCUGCUAAAGCUUGCACUAGCAAGUUUUGUUUCCUAAUCAACAUUGAUGCUCUCCUUAUCUAAUCCUUAAUCUUCUGCUGUGUUAUA